AUGGAACGCUACCAAAAGGCAGGUAUCCAGCUACUGGUUGGAAAAGAAGACCUGGCCCAGUUGGCUACAGAAAUAACCCAGCUAAAGCAGAACAUUCCUCUUGUACUCAACACAUCAGCCUCUGUGAUGCAAACAAAGAUACAUAUUCUGGAAGUAGAAAAUGAAAAACUGAGAGAGCAAUGCAGACAUUUGUUGGCAGAAAAGGACCACUGGAAAUCUCGCCAUGAAACUGCCAUUGCUGAUACACAGACAGAAAAACAGGAGUGUAUAAAAUUGCGAUGUGAGCUACAGUCCCUGGGACAACAGUUGAGUCAGCAGUUGGAGUACUGUACCAGCCUUGGCAGUGCCUGCUGUACAUUACUAUGGAGGGUCUCCAGACAGGAGGACACCAUCCAGGCCAUUCUGGCUGGGACAAAGGUAGACGAGUUCCUUUCGCUGGUAUCAAGCACCCUAGCCAGUUAUGUGUCUGCGUACAGGGAGGACUGGCCCAGAGAUGACACAGAAGAAACUCACUUCAUUCUUGCCCUCUGUGGCAUCAUCACAAACAUAGCAGCCUCAGCUUAUGGUCGGGAGUUUCUGUGCACAAACCCAACUGGUAAAGAAAUCCUGGACACCUAUAUUAAGGCACUAUCUGAUGCACCCCAAGGGAAAAGUGCCAGGCUUAAAAAUCUGCUUGUGAUGUGCCUUUACAAUGCUAGUAUCAACCAGAAGGGCAGCAAAUUCCUGGAAGCCAAGCCGGGACUGCUCUCACUGUGUGCCUGGCUCAUACAGGGAGAAAGUGACUGUGAGUUGCGGUUGAACAGUCUACGGUUGAUACAGUCUCUUGUGUGUGACCAGACGAAUCUCAACACCCUACACAAGCUCCAGGAGGCACUGCCAUCAGUGGUCCUGGACCAGCUAAGCCGGGACAGUAACAGUGACAUGAGGAACCUGGCCCUGGAACUACUGUCCGACAUAAGCCAGAUAACACACAAUACUUGAACAUAUGCAAUUAAUUUCAUGCUUCAUUUUUUAAUAAAAUUGUUGUUGUGUUGUUUUUUUCAAUGACAUUGGUGAAGAAAGGAUCUUUGCAAAUCAAUCAAUUAAGAGUUAUAUAAUAUAUUAAUCUAUUUGAUUGAUACUAUAAUAAAAUUGAUGAGUUUCAAUUUUUGUUACCAAGAUACAAUUAUGUGCAAGAUAGUGGCUUUUGUAUGAAAAUCUUUAAUACCUAAAACAGACUUACCGGUAAUUUUCAUUAAACCCAAACAUUUUAUCUCAUUUUACUGGGUUGCCUGAUACCCUGGAUUUUGGUUUUGUUUGCAUGCAACACAAACAAAACUGCAACACGAGCGUGGGGGCAAUUGUAAAGGCCCUCUUUAUUCUUUGAAUAAUCAGCAGCUUGUAAAUUUAAAUAGUGGCAGAAAAAAGAACAGUACAUAGUUAUGAGUGUGCUUAUCACAAAUAUAUUAGUUUUGAGUAAGGCAACCACAAUGACACCUAUAUUCUCUGCCACAAAGAGUAGACCUGUUUUAUGUAAGGACUUGCACAAUGCCUGAUGCCUUAAUGGGUAAAAGAUAAAUGAAGAAUAAUGCAGGGUUCAAACCCUGGACAUAAUUCUGUUACCUUGACCUUCAGUCUUAAUAGUUUCAAGAUCAAGUUUGUACAUUGCAUUGUUGAAUAUAAGAUGUAACACAAGGCAGUGUGACCUUGACCUGUACGAUUCAAUAUGGGUUCUGUUUAUUGCAUUGUUGAGUGUAAUAUGUAGCCUUAGACAAGGGAGUGUGACCUUGACCUGUGUGAUUCAAUAUGGAUUCUGUACACUGCAUUGAGUACAUUAGAGAUAUAACCUUAUACAAGGUAUUGUGACCUUGACCUGUGUGAUUCAGUAUGGGUUCUGUAUGAGUAAGUUAUUUGUAGAACAGUUUCAACAAUGUCCUUCAAUAGGCAUAUGAGGCAUGGAGUGAACAAAUAUAAACAAAGUA